UAAAUAAGAAGGAACUGGUCCAUGGCUCAGGACCACUCUCCUGGGACUCCGGCUUCUUGACUUCUGCUCCUUCGCUCCUGCGCCCCAAAACUCCAUCAUGGCUGGAGAAUUCAGUGCUGACCAGAUUGAAGACUUCAAAGAGUCCUUUGGUCUCUUCGACAGAGUUGGUGACAGCAAGGUUGCCUUCAACCAGGUUGCUGACAUCAUGCGUGCCCUGGGACAGAACCCCACCAACAAGGACGUGAAGAAAAUCCUGGGUAACCCAUCCGCUGACGAUAUGGCCAACAAAAGACUUGACUUUGAGGGUUUCCUGACAAUGCUGAAGACUGUUGACGGCAUCCAGAAGGGUUCCUAUGAUGACUACGUUGAGGGUCUGCGCGUCUUUGACAAAGAGGGCAAUGGCACAGUGAUGGGAGCUGAGCUGCGCAUUGUGCUGGGUACACUGGGUAAGUGAAGAUGAAAUGAUUAUGCAGUUCACACCAUGCA